AUGAACAUGCUGGAGGAUGUCCCGUUUCAGACCAUGCUUGGUCCACUGGAGGAGGAAGUGCAGUCGGUGACAGCUCCAGAUAUCAACACACCAGACAUCCACCAAAUACUGAGAGAAACUGAGUAUCGAUUCAACCUGGAGAAAUGGAUUCUAACUGGUCAGCAUCCAGUUUGCCCAGCCGCAUCCUGUCCGCCUUUCUGGCUGAUGUUCAGCAGCCCUCAGGAGAGCAGCAGGGCCGAUCACAGGUGCAGUGAACCUUGGACCCCCACACUACGGCCCCGCAGCCACAGCCUGAACUCCGCAGAGGCCCGCCGGGUGCCCCACCGCACCGUCAAGUUCCUCGUGUCCGACUCAGAGGAUGAAGACGGUUACUUUGAAGAUAACGAGGCCUCCUCAGCUGAAGAUGCACGCCACCCGAUCAAGAACAGGGUGCGACCCUUGAGCGCUGCACCCAGAGACCCGAUCUCCAGAGUCAAAGACAUACACCAUGGCCCCUCCUCUCACCACAGUAAGCCUAACUCACCCCAGAGCCUCAGACGCCAUAGAGGCUCUUCCCCUUCCCCACAACCUCUGCGAGCGGCGGAGAAGCAGAGGUCACAGCAGGGCAGCCCGUUACUCCACGGCCAGAAGAACGUCAAGAGGAGGCAGCGCUCACUGGGCCCUGUGGGCAGAAAGUACUCCCUCAACACACAAGCCGCUGGAGCUCCUCCACCCAGACUGCAGCAGCAACGACCCUCCUCUGCCGGGCCUCUCGUCAGAAUCAGACAGAAGGCCCUGAGCAGCGGUGGCUCUCGUGGGGUUUUCUUUGACACAGCAGCAGAGUUGUUGUCAGCUCUCAGCCAGGAGGAGAGGGAGCUACUGGAGACCGUCACGGAGAGGGGCUACCCUUUACGCACAGCCAUUCUGGCUCUGCAGAAGACUGGCUACCGCAGCCCAGAGAAGAUCCUUAAAUACUUGGUUGCCAGUGAGCAUCUGUGUGAACUGGGCUAUGACGAAGCACAAGUGGAGGAGGCCCUGGAGAUGUUUCAGAACUGUGAGAGCAAGGCUGCCGAGUUCCUGCGGCUCCUGACUCAGUUUAAUGAGAUGGGCUUCCAGCAAAGUGCAAUCAAGGAAGUGCUGCUUGUUCAUGAAAAUCACCGUGAAAGGGCUCUGGAAGAACUCAUGACACGAAUGGCUUAA